AUGUCGAGCCCUUCAACCUGCGGAGGCACGUCGCAUACCUCUCCUACCACCAUCACCACACCCGGAGAUGGACAUCCCAAAUCCAAGUCUGCUUGGCGUCCUUCAUACCAUUUGAUGCCUCGCAGUGGCUGGAUGAAUGACCCCUGUGCACCGGGAUAUGAUCCUGCCACCGGGACGUACUAUGUCUCCUUCCAGUGGAAUCCCAAUGGCCCUGACUGGGGUGACAUCUGCUGGGGCACUGCCACUUCGAAGGAUAUGAUCUCCUGGAAGAUCCAGGAAGAUCCAAUUCUCUCACCGGACAAGAGCUAUGAUGCCAAAGGUGUCUUCACCGGCUGCUUUGUCAAGGGGCAGGAUGGCUCUCUGAACUAUGUCUAUACAAGUGUCAGCGCACUUCCAAUCCACCACACACUUCCUCACCAAACGGGAUGUGAGACACUAAGUCUAGCAACAUCUGUUGACAAUGGAAGGACCUGGCACAAGAGCAUCAAUAAUCCUAUAUUGCCUGGCGAGCCGCCUGGCCUCGAUGUCACAGGCUGGCGUGAUCCCUUCUGUGCUCGCUGGGAUAGCAUGAGCCAAGUGUUGGGACUGGACCCAACCACGGUCUUUGGAAUCAUAUCCGGAGGUAUCAGAGAAGUCACACCAACAAGCUUCCUGUACAAGAUCAACGAUAAUGACCCGUUGGAUUGGUCCUACAUCGGUCCAUUGUCGAACCUUGGCCUCAAUUUCAGACCGUCACGAUGGUCUGGGGACCUGGGGCGAAACUGGGAGGUUACCAACUUCUUGUCCCUAAAGGACAAGCAAGAUCCCUCUGCCACGCAUGACCUUCUAAUCAUGGGGACUGAAGGGUGCCUCGAUACAAGUGGAUCUCCCGUCAACCCAGGUCCCUCUCGUCCAUGCCGCGGUCAGCUGUGGAUGUCUGGGACUAUCCACAAGAAUGACCGCUCUGGCGCUGGCGCUGAGAUGUCGUACGAUUUUGGAGGUCACCUUGAUCAUGGAUGUCUGUAUGCAGCCAACUCAUUCUUCGAUCCAAAGACCAAGAAGCAUGUGGUAUGGGGGUGGAUUACGGAAGAAGACCUUUGCGAUGAACUGCGUCACCAGCAAGGGUGGAGUGGUAUGCUUUCCAUGCCUCGCCAGCUCUCCAUGCAGACCACACGUAAUGUGGUUCACGCCCUAUCGUCAGAUCUGUCAGCCAUCACGUCUGUCAAGGUAAAACCCGAGGGCGGGGAUAGAUUCACCGUCCAAACACUUGCUAGUCAGCCGUACCAGCCUCUGAUCGAGCGGCUCCGUGUCGGAUCAAGACUUUCUCGACUGGAGUCCUCUAUGUUGUCUCCAAAUGGUGACAGGGUCGAAUUUUCGGCGGCGAACAUUCGGAGCAAGCAAUGGGAGCUACAAUGCUCCUUCAGCGUGUCUCGAUUCUCUUCUCGCGUCGGUGUCACUAUCGGCCACACAGAUGACUUCUUGCAAUCCACCACCUUGACUUUCGACCCCCGAUCAGAGACCUUCACUAUAACCCGCCCGUCACUCGCCACAUCAGACACAUCUCUGCUAGUCAACAGCUCGCCCGAAGUCGCACCGCAUACAUUGUUUACCUCCAAGAAUCUACAAACUGACACACACGAGACGGAGACUUUGGACAUCCGAGCGUGGAGGGAUAACUCGGUUCUCGAGGUGUUUGUGAAUGGCCGCACCGCGAUCUCAACUCGUCUUUACGCGGCGGAGGAAACGUUUGGUAUGCGGUUUUUUGCGGGUGAGGCUUCGUUCGGUGCGGACGCUCCCUCCAGUCGAACAAGGUUAGUGUAUGCGAAUCUUUGGGAUGGGAUUGGUACACGGAUUGAAUAG